AUGUUGAGCUUAGUGUUGCUUGCUGUGGUGACCGUCCAUGCCCUGGCUGCUCAGUUUGACGUCACGCUAGACAGCGAAUGGGAGAUGUACCAAGUCACAUACAGGAAAAGCUACGGGGUCACAGAAACCGCCAGACGACAGAUAUGGGAGGAUAACGUCAGACUGAUUGAGAAGCACAACCUGGAGGCGGAUCGCGGAGUUCACACCUACUGGCUGGGAAUGAAUGAGUACGGAGACAUGACUAACGAAGAAUUCACAAGAGUCAUGAACGGUUUAAUAAUGCCGAAUAAGACAGAGUACAAUUUGUUCAAACCAACUCUAGAUGAAAAGGACCUUCCGGAUACAGUUGACUGGAGGGAGAAAGGUUACGUCACCGAAGUGAAAAACCAGGGUCAAUGUGGAUCUUGUUGGGCUUUCUCCACCACGGGGUCACUAGAGGGUCAACAUUUCAAAUCCACCAAUAAACUAGUAUCGCUGUCUGAGCAAAACUUAGUGGACUGCUCCAAGCCAGAAGGAAACAAAGGAUGUCAGGGAGGACUGAUGGAUAAAGCAUUCAAUUACAUUGAGAAAAACAAAGGCAUAGACACAGAACAAUCUUAUCCUUACCACGCCAAGAACGGAAAAUGUCACUUUGACGCUUCAAAUGUCGGCGCCACAGAAAAAUCUCAUAAAGACAUUAAAAAGGGCAGUGAAGAUGACCUUCAGCAGGCGGUGGCCACCAUUGGUCCAAUUUCUGUCGGCAUCGACGCCAGCCAUGGCUCCUUCCAGCUGUACAGCAGAGGCGUGUACAAUGAGCCCCGUUGCAGCUCGAAGAAACUGGAUCACGGUGUUUUAGUGGUAGGAUAUGGUACGGAGGGUAAAAAAGACUACUGGCUCGUGAAAAACAGUUGGGGAAAAUCGUGGGGAAUGAAAGGUUACAUUAUGAUGUCCAGAAACAAGAAGAACCAGUGCGGCAUUGCCACAGGUGCUUGCUACCCAGUGGUGUAAAAAAACUGGAUCCGCCACCAGAAAUAUUCAA